UGUGUGUGCGUAUACAGUAUGUACAGUAUGAAUGUGUAUGGCUCCGGUCUUCAUGUGGGGUGGAUGGUUUGACAUGAACUGGCCCACAGUCCCUCCCCCUGGCUCUGGCAUUCAGGUACAGCUCCCCCCUCCCGGCCUCUAUAAAGCCUCCCAUGUCCUGGGCGUAAACGUCAGACCUCCACUGACGACUAAAAGAGUGCACGACCACCUCGGACCCUCAUCGUCUCCAGCUAGAGUCAGUCCGCGUCCCAUCGACAUGAGGUUGGGUGUGCAGACGCUCGUCUGCUGCUGCGUGUUGACGGCCGUGCUGCCACUCACCAGGAGCUCCAGCGCCGAGCCGAGCACUGGAAUGAAGAGAAGGCUGAAAGUGCGUCUACUGAGUCAGAUGAAGAAAGAGACGGCCGGCGAAGUCUACAUCGGACCAUCAGAUCAGGGCGGGGAGACACAGGUGGCAAGGACGCCAUCCCCUAGCUCGCUGAUCAACAUCCGACCGAGGAGGUCAACGCUGUCCAAAACGUCCGGUUGCUUCCUGUUCACCUGCGCCUACCACGACCUCAUCCACCGGCUGCACCAGAUCCGCGACUUCGACCAAAGAGCGGUCAGCGCCCCGGAGGCAAAGAUGGGCUCCACGGGCUAUGGCCGCCGACGCCGCUCGCUGAGUCAGCAGGAGGCGGGCCACAGACCCAGACGGACCGCCGGCGCCACCCCCGGGCCUCAGACGGAGGACACGGCGGGGAACCCUUGCUGUGUGUGUCUGCUCACAGCGGACGAAGACAAGUUCUCUCACCUAUUAGCGCGCUUGCAGUAGCUGGCCCCGCCCACCGGAACUGAGACGGUGCGAGCAUGCUUUGCUGCCGAGUUUUUUGGGAUGAGCUCCAUCAGACCUGGGGGGGACUUGACCACAAUGUCCGUGUCUGCCUCAGCUUCCAGAGGAGGGCAGGAGGAACAGAAGCAACUUUUUACAACCGGAGCAGCACAUUCCCGAACUGGAAUUGAUCAAAUAUUGUAUGUACGGAGUUUAUAUCAACUCCGCUUUGAUCAGGUAUAACUUUAUACACACAAAUAUUUUAGCUGCACCUCACCCAGCUUGUAACUUCAGUGAAGUAUUUGAAUGUAUCCAAGCCAGGGGUGUCCAAACUACGGCCCGCCGGACCCCACUAGUGUACUGAGGGAUCUGGCCCGUGGGGUGUUUUCAAAAUAAUCUUAAAGGCCUACUGAAACCCACUACUACCCACCACGCAGUAUUCCCAAAGCCCAAAAAAAGUCUGCGGGCUACAGAGCUUUUUCAUUUCGGGCUCCAGUACUCUGGAAUGCCCUCCCGGUAAAAGUUCGAGAUGCCACCUCAGUAGAAGCAUUUAAGUCUCACCUUAAAACUCAUUUGUAUACUCUAGCCUUUAAAUAGACUCCCUUUUUAGACCAGUUGAUCUGCCGUUUCUUUUCUUUUUCUCCUAUGUCCCACUCUCCUUUGUGGAGGGGGUCCGGUCCGAUCCGGUGGCCAUGUACUGCUUGCCUGUGUAUCGGCUGGGGACAUCUCUGCGCUGCUGAUCCGCCUCUGCUUGGGAUGGUUUCCUGCUGGCUCCGCUGUGAAUGGGACUCUCGCUGCUGUGUUGGAUCCGCUUUGGACUGGACUCUCGCGACUGUGUUGGAUCCAUUAUGGAUUGAACUUUCACGGUAUCAUGUUAGACCCGCUCGACAUCCAUUGCUUUCCUCCUCUCCAAGGUUCUCAUAGUCAUCAUUGUCACCGACGUCCCACUGGGUCAUUAUUGUCACCGAUGUCCCACUGGGUGUGUGAGUUUUCCUUGCCCUUAUGUGGGCCUACCGAGGAUGUCGUAGUGGUUUGUGCAGCCCUUUGAGACACUAGUGAUUUAGGGCUAUAUAAGUAAACAUUGAUUGAUUGAUAUAUCAAUGAUGAAAUAUUAACAUUGCAACACAUGCCAAUAUGGCCUUUUUAGUUUACAUAAUUGCAAUUUUUAAUUUCCCGGGAGUUUCGUCUUGAUAAACGUGUAAUGAUGACGUGUACGCAGGACGUCACAGGUUUUUAGGAAGUAUGAGCGCUGCGCACACACACAGCUAAAAGUCGUCUGCUUUAACGGCAUAAUUAUACAGUUUUUUUGGACAUCUGUGCUGCUGAAUCUUUUGCAACUUGUUCAAUUAAUAUUGGAGAAGUCAAAGUAGAAAGAUGGAGUUGGGAAGCUUUAGCCUUUAGCCACACAAACACACGGUGAUUCCUUGUUUAAAAUUCCUGGAGGUGAAACUUUACUAUGGAUCAGAGCGGUCAAGCGAACAUGGUUCCCGACCACAUGUCAACCAGCAGGUGAGAAAAUUGUGGUUAAAAAGUCAGUUCUUACUUGAGAAAAGCUGAACUUGUGCCGUCCAUAGCUGCUGUCGACUCCCCUGACACCCGUGGACACACCCCUCCGACUAUCAGGUACUGUUAAACUCACUAAAACACUAGCAACGCAAUAGAAAGAUAAGGGAUUUCCCAGAAUUAUCCAAGUAAAUGUGUCUAAAAACAUUGGAAUCCGUCCCAAUGCAAUCAUGUUUUUUUUUUUCAACUUGUUUUUUCUAGUCCCUCGCUAUCAAUAUCCUCAAACACGAAUCUUUCAUCCUCGCUCAAAUUAAUGGGGAAAUUGUCGUUUUCUCGGUCCGAAUAGCACUUUUUGUUGGAGGCUCCCAUUAAAAACAAUGUGAAUAUGUGAGGAGCCCCCACACAUGUGACGUCAUCAUCUGCGACUUCCGGUAGAGGCAGGGCUUUUCUCUUAGCACCGAAAGUUGCGAACUUUAUCGUGGAUGUUCUCUACUAAAUCCUUUCAGCAAAAAUAGGGCAAUAUCGCGAAAUGAUCAAGUAUGACACAUAGAAUGGACCUGCUAUCCCUGUUUGAAUAAGAAAAUCUCAUUUCAGUAGGCCUUUAAAUAACAAAACAGUUUCUUAUUGCCAAUUUUGCCACCAACUUGUGGAGUGAAAUCAGUUCAAUUACCAUGAAGUAUAUAACACAACCCAAUCCAAACAACCUACCCUAAUCAUGACGCCCCAAAAAAAGUGCAACCGACAUAAAAAAAAACGUCGUAGCACCAUAAAAAAAUAUAAAUUGCAACUAUUUUAAGCUAUUACAAUGCAUGAUGGGAAAAAUGCACACAUACUUGUUUGGGGCGUUGUUGCUGCUUGUAAUUUCUAACUGGAAACAAAACUUUACGAAGGUCGUCACAGAAGUAAACAGGGUAGGAGUCAAACUUUCACAUACUCUUAACAUCCAACUAUAUUAAUUAUAUAUCCAUUCUAUCAAUAUAAUGUGUGUACACACACGCACAUAUAUACAUAUAUAUGUAUAUAUAUACAAAUAAACAUAUAUACACAUAUAUAUAUGCAAUACAUACUAAAUAUAAUAUAUAUAUACAGUAUAUAUACACUGUAUAUAUAUGUUAAUUUACACCAAUUUAUAUAUAUAUAUAUAUAUAUAUAUAUAUAUAUAUAUAUAUACAUACAUAUACAUAUAUAAUAUGCAUGUAUGUGUAUAUAUAUAUUUGUAUAUAUAUGUAUCAAUAAUAUAUAUAUAUAUAUAUAUAUAUAUAUAUAUAUGUAUAUAAAAAAGUCUAAAAAUUUGGACACCCCUGAUCUAAGCUGACUUUGCUCAUUGGCCACAACAUUAGGCACACCAUCUAAUGAGAUCCAAUGCAAUUGAAAGUGUUUUCUUUCAGGUUUUUGUUUUGUUUUGUUUUUUUACACAACCGCUCGUAUUUGACCUCAUGAGAUUGUGCAGGUGUACAUGGGGAAGGGUACCAAAUCUGGUACUUUUACAGGGUACGGAGUCACAUAAAAUAAAACGGUACCGUAUUCUUGAUGCUUUAACCUUGUUGCAUGUGACGUCAUGUUUGGCCGCGGACUUGGCCCCGGUGUUCUGUCGAAAUGAGCCACUUCUUUGAAAAAAAGCUACCAGUAUAUAGCUAUAUAUUAUUAUAUGUACAUAUAUGUAUAUAUAUAUAUGUGUGUGUGUAUAUAAAUGUAUAUAAUUAUACACACUUUUUACAUAUAUAUAUGUGUGUAUAUAUACUGUACAUACAGUAUAUGCAUGUGUAUAUGUCUAUGUAUAUAUGUAUGUGUGUACGUGUAUGUAUGUAUAUAUAUGCAUAUAUGUAUACAUACACGUUUUAUACAUUUAUGUAUGUGUAUGUAUAUACGUAUGUAUAUGUAUAAAUGUAUGUGUGUAAAUGGUAAAUAGUUGUACUUGUAUAGCGCUCUUUUCUACCCCUUUUUUAAGAAGCCCAAAGCGCUUUGACACUAUUUCCACAUUCACCCAUUCACACACACAUUCACACACUGAGGGCGGGAGCUGCCAUGCACGGCUCUAACCAGGACCCAUCAGGAGCAAGGGUGAAGUGUCUUCCUCAAGGACACAACGGACACGACCAAGAUGGUAGAAGGUGGGGAUUGAACCAGUAAUCCUAAGAUUGCUGGCCCUGCCACUCUCCCAACUUCACCACGCUGACCCCUGUAUGUCUAUAUAUGUAUAUAUAUGCAUAUAUAUGUAUAUGUUUAUGAAUGUGUAUAUAUAUGUGUAUGUAUAUAUACAUAUACACACACAUAUAUAUAUAUAUAUAUAUAUAUAUACAUAUUUACGCAUAUACACACACAUACAUACAUACCGUUUAUUUCAAAUGUAUUUUUUUUGUCACCCUUUUUUAGUACAACAUGAACAGACACAAAAUUACCAAUAAUAGAUACCAUUGAGCACCGGUAUCGUGUCUUGUAUCGGUUCAAAUGUGAAAAGGUACCCAUUCCUACCUAGCUGUACUUAAUGAAGUGUCCAACCUUGUCGUCGUUGCUUGUCCAUGCGGUCGCUGAAUGUGAUGUUUGGUGGAAAUAAACGAUGUCUGGGAGGUCUGAGCCACUAAAGCAUCACCGGGCUAAGUGAACAUGCAGAAUGUGACGGAGACGCGUUAGGGCGGCGGUGUCCAAAGUGACCCCGUGGCUGGAUUUCUAAUGACCCCUCAGCAUAUUGUAAAAAUAAAAUCAAACAUAAAAAAAAAGAUCAGAAAAAGUGCAAAAGAGAAAAUGCUGAUAUAUAUAUAUAUAUAUAUAUAUAUAUAUAUAUGUAUACAUGUAUUUGUAUAUAUAUAUAUAUAUAUAUAUAUAUAUAUAUAUCCCAUGUAUUUGUUUAGUUUUUUUUUUAAUGAAAAAAAAAAGUAUAAAUAUAUCAAAGGGGCCUUUUAACUUUUGUGAGGCAAAAGUUAGGAAGCCGCUGCUGUAAGGGAAGGGACUUGAGAAAGCGCUCUGCCGCCAUCUAGUGUUGGGCUGGCACACAUGCAGCUUACGCAAAGUGCAACUGCCCCUGUCUUUCAACGUAAUACAGUAGAGUUUAUAUAUAGUAUUCUUUCAUGUGUACCAGCAGUAAAAGCUACAAUGGGUGUCAGGUUGCAAUGGUCUUGUCUCAGAAAUAAACCAACAGCGAACAUGGCGAUCUGACAAUGUUCAAUGGUCAUGUUCUCCAGGGUGGAUGCAGAACCAGGGGCGUCACUAGCUUUCAAAGAAAGGGGGGGCUUAACCCCCAGGAGAUGAACAGGAUGUGAGCGAAGUAACGCACGAGUACAAAACUUCACAAACGGUUAACAAAGACUGAGAAAUUAUUUUUUGUUAUUAUUAUUAUUUCAGUUGGUUUAAGGAAAUGAAAUAUAUAUGGAAGUGUGAAUAGAAGUGAGAAACGUUUAUGUAUACUGUAAGAAAGACUUAGAGUCCGUCUGCUGGUCUGAAAAAGAGCUAAGGGCCCCUCUUCAAAGUGCAAUGCUGAAACAAAUAAUGCAAAGAAUAAAAUGUAACUUCCAGGGCUUGACAUUAAUGAUGUCCCGUCGUCCCGGGGACGGUAAAAAAAAAAAUGCACGGGACGAUGGCUUUUAACCAUUUUUUUUCUUUUUCUCUUUAUGUAUUUAUUCGUUUUACAUUUUAUGUUAAAUGUCUUGGAUUUUCCUCCCUCUGAAAACCCUAUGAAAUGUUUAUCAAGCCAUCCUAUAAUAAUACAACGGCUAUUAAAUCAAUGCAAUAAAACAAAUAUAUUUUAA